UGGUCUGUGCCUGUGGGGCUCAGCGUGGGGGAGGAAACUUCGGGCAAAUGUUAGAUAAAUAAACAGUUCUGGGUACUUCUGAAACAUUGUGAUUGCUCUUAGCAAUCUCUGCUUUUUCAACACCUAUUAAAGAGGACUUACUGCCUGUGCUAUUUGUAGGACCCGAGGUACUUUGCAAAGAGCAGCAGCGGUGUGUUCCCUGCUUGCUUUGGGAGGGUGCAAGGUGCAGGUCAGGUGUGCAGAGGAACCCGGGGCUCAGGUGAGGCAGGCUGCAGGACUGGGUCUGACCUGCCAGACCUCGGGCUCGCUGGGGAUGAGGGGCUGUGGCUCAGAGAUAGAAAUUUGAUUGCAUGAGGCAGUGUGGCUUCAAUAAAUACUACGUGGCAUAGACCAAGGAUAAAUCCUUUGGGACAUCUCUUGAAGCAAUACCUCAGGAAAGUUUCAGGCGUAAUAAAGCUGACACAGAAAAGUGGGAAAAGGCUUUUUGAAUAGUGCCAGGUGUCUCACCUUGCUUGUUAAUCUGGAGGGCCUGUUGAAAGCUCAGCUAGAAAAGCAUGCAGGUGUCUGCUCUGAAUGUGUACCUGGAGUUUCAAACACAGCAGGCACUGCUGUCCUUUUCCCUGCUGGGGUAUUCAUUAGUUAAUGAGGUUUGAGCAGGUGGGGUUGUUUGAAUUUCUUCAGCCUCCAUAUGCUAGGAGUUAUAGGAAUUGAUAUUUCAGGAAAAAGGUGGAUGGUGAGAUCUGCAUUUCCAGUAGGAGUUUCUGCAGAUCGUGAAAAGCUGACACUUCUGCCUGACUCUUUUCCUGUUGAAGUGGAAAAGAUGGGCGGUGAGAUCCAGGACUGCGCAUACGUGGACAGCGAGAGCGCGUGCAGCGAGCCGGAGCUGUUCCCCGAUGAGGACGCGAUGACGCUGGCGCAGCAGGAGGUGCACCAUGAGUCUGACAUGGACAGCGCCAUCGAGAGCGCCCAGAGCUCCGAGGCCUCGGACGUGUGCCGGGCCGAGGACAAGGACACGGGGCUCGGGGGCCUCUUCCUGCCCGGUGACAAGUCAAGUCCUCACAACCCUUCUGCAGCAUCUGACCUCUCCACUUAUUCCACCGCCUCCCUGAUCAGUAAUGAAGAACAGUUUGAAGACUAUGGGGAAGGAGAUGAUGUGGAUUUUACUCCCAGUAGCCCAUGUCCUGAUGAUGAGACCAGAACCAACGCCUACUCUGACCUUGGCUCAUCUGUAUCUUCCAGUGCUGGCCAAACCCCCCGAAAAAUGAGACAUGUUUAUAACAGCGAGUUACUGGAUGUUUACUGCUCACAGUGCUGCAAAAAGAUAAAUCUCCUCAACGAUUUGGAAGCCAGGCUGAAAAAUUUGAAAGCAAACAGCCCUAACAGGAAAAUAUCAAGCACAGCUUUUGGAAGACAACUCUUCCACAACAGUAACUUCAGCAGCAGUAAUGGCAGCACAGAAGACUUGUUCAGAGACAGUAUAGACUCCUGUGAUAAUGAUAUCACUGAGAAGGUAACGUACCUGGAAAAGAAGGUGACAGAGCUGGAGAACGACAGCCUGACAAAUGGUGACCUGAAGAGCAAACUGAAACAAGAGAACACACAGCUGGUUCACAGAGUUCAUGAGCUAGAGGAACUAUUGAAAGACCAAGAAACAUCAGCAGAACAGACUCUGGAAGAAGAGAUAAAGAGACACAGAGAAGCUUACAGCAAGUAUGAAAAAGAGAAAGGCACUGAAAUUGAACUGCUGAAUACAAGGGUUCAGCAACUGGAAGAAGAAAAUGGUGAUCUGAAAAGCACUGUCACACGACUGAAAUCCCAGACAGAGAGGUUGGAUGAGGAGAGGCAGCGCAUGUCUGACAGGCUGGAGGACACCAGCCUGCGCCUGAAGGAUGAGAUGGAUCUGUACAAGAGGAUGAUGGACAAGCUGCGGCAGAACCGGCUGGAGUUCAACAAGGAGAGGGAGGCCACGCAGGAGCUCAUCGAAGACCUGCGGAAGGAGCUGGAGCACCUGCAGCUGUACAAGCUGGAAUGUGAACGUCCUGGCCGUGGGAGGAGCUCCUCCUCCAGCUUGAGUGAAUUCAAUGCCAAAACCAGAGAGGUGGAAAUGGAGCACGAGAUAAAACGGCUGAAGCAGGAGAAUCAAAAACUUCGUGACCAAAAUGAUGACCUUAAUGGACAGAUUCUAAGCCUCAGUCUUUAUGAAGCUAAAAACCUCUUUGCAACGCAAACAAAAGCCCAGUCACUGGCUGCUGAAAUUGAUUCUGCAUCGAGAGAUGAGCUCAUGGAGGCCCUCAAAGAACAGGAAGAGAUAAAUUACAGAUUGCGACAGUAUAUGGACAAGAUAAUUUUGGCAAUCCUGGACCACAAUCCAUCUAUCUUGGAAAUAAAGAAUUGAAGAGAAUAUGAGAAGGAAAAGCAGCAACUGCCUGAUAUUUCUGCACAUGCCACUGGAUCUAAGCAGCACUCUGAUACUGUAAAUGAAUCUAUAAAUAUAUAUACACACUAGGUGUGAGUGUGGGUGCGCGGGUGUGUUUAUAUGAUGUUUGGUACACUGUUAUUUGUCAUUGAAUUGGCUUGGUUAGACUUUUUCCAUGCACUUUCAAUACCUGUGAUGAGAUGGAUACUGUAUAUUAAUGUAAUAACAAUAUAACUGGAUCAUGCUGUUUUAGAUACUGGACAAAAUGACUCUACCUCUAGUUGUAAAGGUAAAAAAAAGACAAUGGAAACAUAUGGAUGUGGCCCUAACUUUAGGUGCAAGAAUUAUUUUCUUCGUUCUUCCAGGAAUUUGGGUACCACAAACCAAUUGACAUACCCAGGUUCAGUUCCUGACUGGUGCUGACUGUGUAAUUUCCUAUUUGAUUUAGUUUUAGUACUUAAACCACACAUCAGAUUAAAAAAACAAAACAAAAACACAACAAAAAACAAACUUUGGGAGAAGACACAAAGUAAAUGGGAAGAAAAGGAAGAUAUUGCAGAAUUUUUGCUAUUUAUGAAAAAUCACCAUCCACUUGUUUGCCACUGUCAGCACAAAGUGUUUUUGAUGUAAGAUCACUUUGGAGCCUGCUUUGGGAUGCUCUGAGCCUGCUCUCUAGUGUGUGUGCAUGUGUGUUUUUUAUGCCUGGGUCCCUGUAGCGUUGAGGCAAAGAGCUUUGCAAAUCUGUUCCCCUAUUUUCAGGGGUAUAUCAUGGGCCAUUGAGAUGAAUUCUGGAAUUCUGCCCCUUCCCCUCACCCUGAUUUUAAAGAUUUCACUGAAGGAACACAUUCCAGUUCUUACCAAAAAAAGAAAAAAUAAAUAAACAGAACAAUGAUGGCAACAAAAAUUUGCAUGAAAUCUCUCACUUCAGGGGGAGGAGGAGGAGCAGCCCUCGACAUGACAUGCUGAGUUGCUUUCCCACCCCAGACAGCUGCACUCCUUUGAGAAUGGCAUUUUUUGUGCAGGCUGUGCAGAGCUACGGCUGGUUCCUGGCACAGCAGUGGAGGACAGUCUGAUAUGGAGUGGCUUUUACCUGUAGGGCAGGAAAAAGAAAAAGAGCUUCAUCUUGCAGGAGUUGCCAGUCCAGACUGAGCACACACGUGCAUAUCUACAGCUCUGAGCAGGGAACACGUCCUGAUUUAGACGAGCACUUGUGCAGGUGCUUAACUUUAGGUGUGUGCUGCAUCUGCUCAUGGGUGUCAGUGGGACAGAACAUUAAGCUUUAAAGUUGAGCGUGUGCUUAAAUGCUGCCUUAAAUAGGGAUGACUUCAACAUGUGCCUGUGUUCUUCAGAGCUGGAUCUAUACUGUAGGGCUAGGACGUUUUUAAUUAAUUAUGUAGCUUAUAUAAGGAGCUUAUGGAAUUGUUUGGGUAGUUGAAUGCUAAAAACAAGUUUUAUUCCAUGCACUUUUUUUUAAAAGUUUCACUCUUUUGAUUCACACCAACUGGCACAGAAAAAUCGGCCAGAGUAUCUGGCUUUCCCCAGUGCAUAGAGAUGUUUCCUCUAUUGAAUACACUCCCCAGAAGAAUGUUACAGUAGCAAUGACUGUGCUUUUCUGUGUAUUUCUUGCUGUUGGCAGUGUCUUGCCCCUAGUAUUCUCUUGAUGUAUCUUGGUGUGUAUAUGUGAUGCAUUUUUCCUGAAUUUGAAUACAUAAAACUGUAUUCAGUUACGGAUGUAAAUAUAUAUAUAUUUUCUGCAGUCUCUGUGCUCUUGCCUUCAGUGCUGUGUUACUGGAGUGAUGGGAAGCAGGGGACACAGUGAAAUCAGGCUUUCUUGAAGGCAAGAAAAUGAAAAGUUUGUUUCUAUGUAUCUGCAUAGGCAGGUGUAAAGUAAGUGGAAGGAGAGAGGGACCAGAGGAAUGACUGAGGGACACAACAUCCCAGCCCACAGAGGUCUGCAGUGCUCUGGGGGGAAUGUGGUGUCACAGGGCCUGAGGCUGCGGAAGCGUGGAGGAAAGGAUUUAAAGACCCCUCCUUUGCCACCCGGGAAUGGUGUCAGAUGUAACCCUGCAGCAGAUGUAACCCUUCUCUUUGUGCAGGAGUAGUGGAACCCCGUGGAAAUCCCACACAUCCACCUUUCCCACCUGCUGCUGCUCCUGGAUGUGCCACCCCGAAGGUGGGAGAGGAGCAGUGCAGCCAGCUCAGUGCUCCCUGCCUGCAGGACUUCCCACCUGCACUUCAGGGAUGGCAUUUCCCUCUGCCAGGGCUGUCUGUGGGUAGUGCAAGGACUUCAUCCUUUGAGGCCACAGAGAAUUUCCACAGUGUCAGGGAGCUGUGGCAGACAGCAGUGGCAGGCAGGGCUGGGUCACCCAGCAGCCUGGAGCUGGCUGGUUUUGUCCUGCUCUCAUGCAGUGCAGUUCACUAAGUGAAGCUCUUGCAGCAUAGGCUGGUGACAAUGUUUUACCCUAAUUAUUUUUAAGUAAAUUGGGCUCUGCUUCAAAAUUCCAGUGAUCUAAAGCACAUUCCCAUUAGGGUGGAACAUCAGCAAAUGUUGAGGAGUGUUUCACUGAAAGCAAAGCCCGUGGACUCGAACAGAAGACAUGAGUGUAGUGAUAGCUUAGUUUUUGUCCAGAUAAUUCUAUGUAGGAGGUGAAUAGUCAUUAGUAGUGACAAAUAGUCACUGAAUCUGGCUGAUAUCCUGAAAGUGAUAUUCUAGCCAAGGGUACCCAGCAGUGGAAAUUCCUUAAAACUUGCAAGACUUCUUAUUCAGCUCUGUGCCCAGCUGUGUUAGUAUUUAGAAGCUCUUCCUUGCUCCAGUGUUUGCAUUUGAAGAGAUGUCUUACCACCAUGUUGGUGGUGUUUGUAGCUGUGUUUUAUGGUGUAAAGGAGGUAUCCUUCUGCUCCUGUGGGGCCCUUGGUGUCGUACUGCCAUCUGUUACUGUGGAAAUCAUAUCCAGAUACUGCUAUGUUUGACAAAUAAUGUGAGUUGGAGGUGGGAGAGGCAUUUCACUGGCAGAUAUAUUUUCCUCUAAGGUAUCCACCUCUAAAAAUACUAAUUAGCAAUUGCAUUCUCAGACUGAGUAACUACAGAUUUUAGACUAACUUGUCUUGCAGCUGAAGCCCUGGAGAACCCUUUUAUCCCAGAAAAGAAGUCAUCAUGUUUUAUGACAUGCAGGUCAUUUGGUAAUAAAAGAUCACUUGAUGGCUCACUGGGGCAGGGAAAAGAGUAAUCUGAUAUCAGUGUUGCAGAGAGUGCAUAUUUUGAUCAAGUGUCAGACAGACACUGGCAGAGCAGACAGGAGAUGUUGCAAAUAGGGAGACACUAAUUUUGCUGUCUGUUCUCUGAUAAAUUUCUUCUUUGUUGUGGAUAUCCUUUGUGCUCUCAGGCUGGCCAGGAAAGUACAGCCUGCCUCUGUCAGUGUUAGUGUUGGUGGAACAAGGGCCUCCCUUCCCUGGGUAAAUCCCUUCAGACACAGAAAUAUCAUUUCCUCCUAGCAAUACACAAAUGCAGCAGACACUCCUGUGUCAAACCCAUGGUUCUGUUUAACCCUUGGGGAUGCAAACACAAUCCUAGGUACUGUAUCUUGAUCUGUUCCUUGGUUCAUUUGACCUUAAAUUCUGAAAAGCUAAAUGAGAUUCUAGUCAAACCUGCUGCAAACCACUGCAGGUAUUUCUAGACAGUGAAAAAAAAAAAAAAGGCUGGCUUUUGGCUAGAAGCUGCCUGUCUGGCUAGUCCCACACGAGGUACUGCAGAAAAAUCACCUCUUUCAAAACUUGCCCUUAAAGAACACCUGAAAUGUGGUCUCUCAAGAUUUUUCUGGUAUUGGCUGCUUCCCUCCAGACUUCAGUCUUCAGCUGUUGCCUAGUUCUGAUUUCAGAAUGAUGCUGAUUCAAAAUUGCUUUGACAUCAAAAGAUGACUUUUCAGCUUUUUGAAUAGCUUCUAUUUAAGACGGAAGCUGUUUGAGGAUUUGUCUUGAAGUGCAACAUUGAUGAACUGUAACCAUCCCAUCUAUUUUUAAGGAAUUUUUAAUAUGCAAAUAUGUAGGAAGUUUCAAAAAAAAAACCAAAAAACAAAAAACCAGCAUCUAAUGCACUUUGGUUGCCAACUUUUCCUUUCAUGGUCUUUGGGAAAAAAUCAGAUAUUUCUCAGCCAGCUCUGCAGGGAGUUGAACACAGCAUUAUUAAUUCUCAUAGAUGUGUAUCAACAAAUAUUUUGCUGUCUGAGUGCAGCAAUGCUCCAUUUACUUUGGUAGAACUGCAUUGCUCUCCAGAGAGGAUCUAGACCAACAGUAUUUAGGCUCCCUAACCUGGUUUGUAAAUGAGGGCUUGGAAGCUGAUAUAUAAACACACAUUGUGGGCUGCUACACGAGGCACUGCUCAGUGGUCUGUACAUCACAGUGCCCGUGACAUGUGAUGAGUCUAAGAACUAGAAUUUACAAAUAAAAGGGUGCUUUUUUUACAUUCUUGUAUGGCAGUGAAUAUACAGUGGUUUUCUCUUAAAACAAAUACUGUAUGGUGUGGUCUGAGGGAUUUUUUUCCAAGGAAGGAAGGAAGUAGCAGCUGAUCAAACACUUGCCAAAUCAGUGGCUUGGCUUAUACUGAUUUAAGUGAAAACUUGACUCUGACUUUAACUGAGCAAUUCCUGGUGUAAGUAGCAAUGCUUGUAUUCUUGUCAAGUCAUCUGUUACUCAAGAAACAUUGUCAGGAAAUCAUAACAGGUGAUGUAACACAGCUGGUUGGUUUUAAAGGACAUAGUUCCACAGUUCUGACAUUUUGUUCCUUUGCAUCUCAGUAUUUUUGAAUUAAAAAUAUUGAUCCUAGGAGCAGUUUGCUGUUAAAUCAUGCAUGGGUUUCUAGUGAAUGAAACUCUGCAUGUACCUUUAGAGCUUGCUGGGGACUGCAGUGGGUGUUGGGUCUGAAUCCUGUCAUUCUGCAUAAUGCACUGGGACUUGCACCGAUGUGCAAGAGAGUUGUUUCUUUCUGGGACUCUUCCUCAGGGUUCUGUUGACAUUUACACUCUUGGUCUUGUUCCCAGCCACUGUCAGGGGUAUGUGUGCCUUGGGGCAGCACUUUAAACAGAUGGGAGGGACAAAUUCAAUAUUCCUGGCUUCAGUGUGACUUUAGCUACCAAGGCAAGAAUUUCAGUCCUGUCUUCUUUAUACCAGGCCAGUCCUGUCCUUGCCUCUUUUGUGGUCGUGUCCCAUGUACAUGACAGAACACUGCAGCUGAUUCUCAUGGUGUACAAGCAGGUAGGGUGAGUAAUCCUGAAGGUGGCCCAGGUGAGGGGGCCCUGGGAUGUGCCUCAGUUGUGUCCAGUGUCCCACUGCACGCUCCAGUGACACUCUGGGAGGCUCAGGUGUGCAGCUCAGCAUGGCCAGCACACGGCACAGCUCACAGCAGCAGCCCGGGAGGAUCUGCAGGCAAAAUCUGCAGGCAGGGCCACGCUACCAUAGCCUGCCACAGUGUGGAGCCAGCUGACAGGGCUCCUGGUGCUCCCUGCACCCUGGGUUUCACCGUGCUGACUGCACUCCGGGGCUUUUGUUCAGCUGUGGGAGUAGUACCUGGCCAAACACACUGUUAGAUUAGUUUUUACUUAAACUUUAAACCAAAUGAAAACAUUAACAAAUGUGGGCUUCUGCAGUGUAAUUUGGACACCUAGCCCUGGGUUGGAGGUGCUGUGAGCGGAGCAGCUGUUACACCUGAGCUGUCACUGUACCCAGACAGUGACAGUGACACCCUGGACACCCCUCAGAGCUGCUGUGCCCCAGUGAGGGUGGCAGGGGACUGUUGUGGGGGACAGAUCUGUGAUGGUAACGGGGGCUGCAGACACUCCUCCUCCCAGUGAUGAUCUUACACUCCACAGCAUCAGCUCUGAUUUAUUUGCUACCUUAUCCAUAGCUAAAUUAUUCUGGCUUUGGAGAAAGGAUAUCAGAAGGAGAACCAAGAGUUUAGUAUCCUGUGGACACUUCAGUACACUACAGGGCAGUAAAUGUUGCACUGAUAUAUAUUUAAAUACUGAGACAUUUUGAGAAUUACUGUAAAAUCAGUUGUGAGAGCCAUUUGUUUUUCUCUGUUGCACAGACUAGUCACGUUUUUUGCAUGGUUACAUAUUUUAGUACUUGUGCCUUUUACUUCUCUGUUGUGAAGAUACAUUUUAUUUUCACAUUUUAUCAUCUGGUUUUGGACACUUUUUAUAUACACUUCUUGAAUCAUCUGGUUUCUUGUAAUGUACAUGUGUAUAUAUAAAAUAGAUCAGAUUUGUAUUCAUGUGCCUCUGAGAUGUAAAAAAUACUCAUUUUGUACAGGUUUUUUUAGAAGCACUAGGUCAUGGUCUAAAUUACAUAGCAAAUGAAAUUUAACAUAAUUAGCAGUUCUUUGUUGUCUUUUAGGAAUGUUGUGUCUGAUGGUUGGUCUCUAGUAAGGCAAUGUCACACACACUCUGCAGGUUUAUUGUUUUAGUAUCGCUAUGAGACCAAUUCUAUCCACUUGUUGGCUUCAGUUAAUUCAAAAUAAUAAAACAAUUAAAUGUUACAGUCCUGA